AUGUGGCUGGGCGAGCCCAUGUGUCUUUUAGAAGUAUCCACAUACCCUGACAGCAGGGAGAUCAUUCUCUGUACAUAUGGAAUAGAGAUAGUCUAUCCACUCAGACAAUUAAGCUUGAGUCACUCCAGGCUCACAGAGAAAUGCUGUCAGGAGCUGUCCUCAGUUCUCAGCUCCCAGUCCUCUCGUGUCAGAGAGCUGGACCUGAGUAACAACAACCUGCAGGAUUCAGGAGUGAAGCUGCUCUAUGCUAAAAUGGAAAGUCCACACUGUGCACUGGAGACUCUCAGGCUGAGUGGCUGUAAUCUGUCAGAGAGAAGCUGUGGUGCUCUGUUCCCAGUUCUCAGCUCUCAGUCCUCUCGUCUCAGAGAGCUGGACCUGAGUAACAACAACCUGCACGAAUCAGGAGUGAAGCUGCUCUCUGCUGGACUUGAAAGUCCACACUGUACACUGGAAACUCUCAGGUUGAGUCAAACUAGGCUCACAAAGAAAUGCUGUCAGGAGUUCUCCUUGGUUCUCAGCUCUCAGUCCUCUAGUCUGAGACACCUGGACCUGAAUAACAAUGACCUGCAGGAUUCAGGAGUGAAGCUGCUCUCUGCUGGACUGGAGAGUCAAAACUGUACACUGGAAACUCUCAGGCUGUCAGGCUGUCAGAUCACAGAGAAAGGCUGUACCUCUCUGGCCUCAGCUCUGAGAUCCAACCCCUCCCAUCUGAGAGAGCUGGACCUGAGCUACAACCAUCCAGGAGACUCAGGAGUGAAGCUGCUGACCGCUGGACUGGAGGACCCACAGUGGAGACUGGACACUCUCAGGUUGGAACACGGUGGAAAGCAGAGGCUGAAACCUGGUCUGAGAAAGUAUGCCUGUGAACUCACACUGGACACAAACACAGUCAACAGAAACCUCAAACUGUCCGACAACAACAGGACGGUGACAGCAGUGAGAGAGGAGCUGCCAUUUUCUGAUCAUCCGCAGAGAUUUGACUACUGGCCUCAGCUACUGUGCACAGAUGGUCUGACUGGUCGCUGUUACUGGGAGGUGGAGUGGAGAGGAAACGUUCAUAUAUCAGUGAGUUACAGAGGAAUCAGGAGGAGAGGGAGCAGUAAUCGCUGCAGGUUCGGAGGGAAUAACAAGUCCUGGAGUCUGAGCUGCUCUGAUGUUGAUGGUUACUCUGUCUGGCACAGAAAGAGGAGUACAGUCCUCUCCUCCUCCUCCUCCUCCUCCUCCUCCUCUGUCUCUAACAGAGUAGCAGUGUAUGUGGACUGUCCUGCUGGCACUCUGUCCUUCUUCAGAGUCUCCUCUGACUCACUGAUCCACCUCCACACCUUCAGCACCACCUUCACUGAGCCUCUUUACCCUGGCUUUGGCUUUGGGCUCGGGUUAUUUUCAUUUAGUCCCUCAGUGUCUCUGUGUUCACUGUAG